AUAGUUAUAUCGACCCCAUAUAGUUUGCAAAAUAUAUACAUUGCGCGCCGUUUAAUUCGUUGCUCGGUCGCCGCUUUGUUUUGCAAGAAGCGCGUUACUGCAUUCACGAAAUUACACACACAUAAAACAGAAAAGUAUAGAAAGCAGAUGCAAAAGUAACAAAAGUGGCGUACAAAAAUUGUUAAAGAAAUAAUUGUAAAAAAGUGAAAUUAUAAAUAACUAUUAAUAAAAGUGUGUAGUAAUCUCAAGGUAAUACCGCUAUAUAAUGCCCAUUCAAUUGGAUAAAAUAUUGGCAGAUAUAGCCGAAGAAAAAGUGCUACAUCCGAAUUUUCCGCCAGCGGGCAAAAAAGAAGUAGACGAUGCUUGGGCGCGCGUAGGCAAAAAUAAUAAAUUAUCCGUGCAUGAGGCUCGAUCGAUAUUCAAGGUACUCCAAAAGAAAUACGAACAAGAGAAAACCAAACGUACUCCAUCAUGGAAACUUUUCGAUCUAAUGGAGCAAAUCCAUCAACCUAUGAAAGAGGAAGAUCCAAAACAAGACGAUGAUGGAAUGGUGUCUAUGGAGGAGGAUGAAGAGUAUGAGAUGUUAGAAGUACAAGAAGAAGAAGAACCAACAGCCGGACAAGGUAAAAACUCUUCAGCCACAUCAGAUGGCGAAAGCCCGUCAAAAUCUAUGAAAUCUGGUGGUUCUAAUGAGACAACUCCCGAAAAGGAGGAAAAAGUUUUAGUUAAAUCACAAACAAAAGCAAACACUGCUAAUCAGAGCAAAUCCUCAUCACCAGCUGCUGAGGAAAAGAAGUUAUUGAAUUCUCAAGCGCCAUCCCGGCCAGCACAUAAUACAUCACUUAAUUCCACGCCUACAGCCAACGCAUCAGCCGCAGCCACUGUCGCUGCUUUGCACAAGAAAGGAAUAACCAUGAAGAAAACUUCAAGUGUAGGAGCUGGAAACACAUCUACGCCCCGUACAGGUCAGUCUACAAGUAGCAGCGGUCAGCAGAAAAAUUCAGCUAUACGUGUAGCUGGUCAAGUAUUGGGGGUCGGCGAGUCCAUACAAUUGCCUGAAUCAAUUAAACGUAAAUUGGUGGAAACACAGCCAGGUUUAGGUUCUCAACCUGCUAAAAAACCGAACAAUAGCCACUCAAAUACGACGGCGUCAUCAGCUCAAUCAAUGACCACAACUUCAACAACAAAUGCUCGCAGUACUUCGAAUGCUAGCAAUGCUAACACUAGUGCAUCUCUACACGAAAGCUCCUUGGCUUUAAAUAAUGUACCAUCCAUCAACAUUAAACAAGAGCCCAAUGAUGGAACUAAUCCACCAACAGGUAUUAAUUUAAUUACAAUAACUGGAAAUUCACGCGUAGAGUUGACAAAUGGUGGUGGAGGUCCUUCCUCUUCAACUGCCGCUACAGUGGCUUCCACAUCAACAAACGGUUAUUCACCACGGCUUGAAGAGAUAGACUUUCGUAAUGACAUUAUAUUUGACUCUGGAAACGGUACAAUUAAUGGCGCUGUAGGUGGAGCAGUUAACCAUGCAAAUCAUACAAACGCUACAGGUGGCAUAAUUAAUUUAGGAAACUUCGACAAUUCACUGCCACCGACUUUCUUCAAAAAUCUUUGCAAUUCAUCACGGCAUGAAGCAUUAGGUCUUUACGUUGCAAACGUUAUGAAUCGUUUACGACCGCGAUCGGCUCAAAAACUAGAGUUGGGUAUACUGCGCGCAAUAAUUGACGUGCAAAGCGAUGAAUUGGAGCAAUAAGUGAAUAACUUUUGGUUUUAAGGCAAAAGAGUAAGCAACACUCUAAUUUCAUUUUCUUAGAAGUAUUUUAAACUAUAUUUUGUACGCUGAUUACGUAUAUAUAACUAAAAUUGUUAAUAUUGAAAAUAGACAACGCCAUCGACAUGCAAUUUAGCACACACACACACAUCUUUUACAUAUGUCUUUCGAUUACCGAAGCAAAGAACGGAUAUUAUUAAUGUUGGGGAAAAUCUUUAAACAUACUUUUUGCGCAAAUAAUACAUAUGCAUGUAUGUAUUUAAUGUACUUUCUUUAAUUUUUCACAUUUUUAUAACUAAUAUUCGAAUAUCAUAGGACUAAAAUGUCCACGAAAUUUGAAAGCUAUUUAAAAUAAAGUAAUUAUAUAUAGUAUAUACACA